AUGUUACCUCUUUCGUUAUUAAAAACUGCUCAGAAUCACCCAAUGUUGGUGGAAUUAAAAAAUGGUGAAACAUACAACGGACAUUUAGUGACAUGCGAUAGUUGGAUGAAUAUCAAUUUACGAGAAGUGAUCUGCACCUCCAAAGAUGGAGAUAGAUUUUGGAGACUUCCGGAAUGUUAUAUUAGAGGUAGUAUGAUCAAAUACUUGAGAAUACCAGAUGAAAUAUUUGAUAUGGUGAAAGAAGAUAUAGUUGUAAAUAAAGCUCGUGGCCGAACAGAUAACCAGAAAAAUCGUGCUCCUAGAGGAGCUAGACAAGGGUUCAGUGGGAGAGGCGGUGGUGGUAACAACCGAGGUACUGGACCACAACAACAGAGAGGUGGCCCAAAUAAGUUUAGAGGAAAAUAA